GGCGCCGCAGCGGCUGAGCUCGCUGGGAUCGCCGGGCCGCCGCCGCCCUCGCCGCCCCCUGCAUGCCCGGCGCCCGGGUCGCGGCCCACCUGGACGCGCUGGGCCCCUUGGUCCCCUCCGUGCCGCCGCCCCUGCUGCCCUCUAUGUUCUACGUGGGCCUGUUCUUCGUCAAUGUGCUGAUCCUAUACUACGCCUUCCUCAUGGAGUACAUCGUCCUCAACGUGGGCCUCGUAUUCCUGCCCGAGGACAUGGACCAGGCGCUCGUGGACCUCGGCGUGCUCUCCGACCCCGGCUCGGGCCUCUACGAUGCCGACUCGGAGCUCGACGUCUUCGAUGGUUACUUGGAGUAGGCCUGACUGCUGUCCCCCGCUCUCCCCACGACCCGCAACCCUCGGCCCGGACCGGCGCACGAAUUAUGCCGCCGCUGCUGUUUUGAGGGCACCGUCUGGCCAGGGAUGGGACCCCCAGGACGAGGCCCUCUUCGGCCUCCGAGGCCUGCCUGCUCCCCUCGAAAGCCCUGUGCCAACAGAGAGGUGCCCGUCCAGACCCAGGAUGGUGGGACAGAGAGAUUGAGACUGGGUGCCGAGGUCCAGAAGGCACGUGCCCCUGCCCAAAGGGUAAGGCAGGGGUGCCCGGAGACCUUGCCCGCCUGCAGCGUCGCGCAAACGGCCUUGCCUUGGCUUCCGAGCUUUCGCCGUUGCAAUGGAUGUUUACAGGAACCCAGCCAGAGUCUGCCUCCCUGCUCUUCACCCUCGACUGCAUCUGCUUCUCCCACUUAACCUUCGGAGUGGACACUUCACACACAAAAGCGACUCCCAACUCUGUUUGAUGCCAGUGGAGCUCUAAGCCCAAUGGGGUUUGGCCCGAGGCCGGGCUUAGAUGCAGGAACUGUUUCAGAGAGUGACUCAGAAGGAAAAGAAGAACACCUCGGGGGCUGAGGGUUGGGUUUUGACUCAUUCAUUUCAAAUUGUUUGCUCUCCAUCAAGUUGCCAGAACUGAUACAUUGCAACGGGGACAGCAUUCCUCCAGCCAGAAAUAUUUUUCGAAAAUGUGAGUGGUAUGAAUGCCUGACUUCGAUAAACCUGUAAAAGCAAUACUUAGGAGGCUAACUUCUUUCAAUUAAAAAAAUGUAUGCAACUCCAA